AUGCAAGCUGCAGCCGCAAGCUCUUGCCGUGCGAUGACAAUCAGGUCCCCUUAUAGGUUUUCAUUUGGAGGAGCUGAUUCGAGGCCAAACAUUAUUAGCCGUCUCGAACUCUACAGGCGUUCUUUGUCCGAGCUUUUGGCGCUAAAGGAGAAGCAGCCUCCAACAGACAGCGGAGCUCGAUUACCUUGCCACUCUUCUACCCAGAAAACUGCCUCGCAAUUCCUUGAUACCCAGUUGAUUUGGCGAUCACGAAAUGUUGCUAUCAGCGGCUCUCACUGGAGGUGCCCUCGCAGUGUUAGAGGGUUUGCAACGAAACGCAAGAGGCUGGAUGAAUAUGACUCUUAUGAAGCAACAAUCGACCCCAGGAAGGUCCCUCCCGAUUUUUGCAGGGUGCCUAUACACUUCCAGUCUGCAGGAGAGCUAAAAGACACCGUAACAAUGGCUGGGCGCAUGCGUCUAACCAACCCAAAUUUCUGGAUGCGCUGCAGUUCCGCUCUAAAAGACCAUUCCGGGGCUUUCCGUGCAAGAGAACUCGUCGCUAUUCUUAAUGCCUACGCGAAAGCAAAUUACAGGGAUGUUUAUCUGUUCAAUUGUUUCUCUCAACUCGUCGCUCUGCAGGCGCAUGACUGUCGCGCGUCAGACCUGGCAGUCGCUCUGCAGGCUUUUGCGAGACUUAACAUCCACAACAGGCCGUUUUUUGACCUACUAGCACUGCAAUGCAUACGGAAGAUGGAAGAGUUGGGCCCAAGAGGGAUCGCCACUGCGGCGGCUGCUUAUGGGGGUGUUCAGCAUCACCAUCCCUUGCUUUUCAGCAGACUCUGUGAGCACACAAAGGCACAGAUUGAGACAUUUUGCAACACAGACCUCAUCCAAGUACUGUGGGCUUGUUCACGCGUCUCGUAUCGGCACUUGGAGAUGCUUAACCGCUGCGCAGACCAACUGAUUUCUCGGUUGGCCACUUGCACUGUCGCGGAGACACUCUCAGCAGCACAGGCGUUUGCAUCUUUGGGUUUCUACAGAGCUGACUUAGUGGGAAGCUUUUCGUCAUUUUUAAAAUCCAAAAUAUGUAGCAUCCCAGUUCGCAGCCUUCCGCUGCUUCUGGAGGCAUUCACGUCAUUCGACCGGCUUGCGAGGGCGCACUCGGCCGAACAUGGGAAGUCUGUGUCAGCGCAUCAGGCGGGGACAGCUGAUUCCUUGUCCGACAACGCUGAUCUGUACAGAACGGCACUUCCAGCUAUAGCUCGGGCUGCCAUAUGUUUUUCUUUCAGCGAGUUAGCUUCAGUGGAUUCGGCUCUGCAUUCAGUAGGCCUUAGGCAUGAUCUCUUGACGCGAGCGUUGCAGCAAGUGCUGCAACAGCAAGGCCCGUACUUAACCCCUGGGGAGUGCGUAGAUAUUUUGGUGCAAGUGGCCUCGCGAGGGGGGACCGGGAACAAUGUUGCUGCGGCUGUAGCCAUCAGGGCCCUUCUUUCCUCUCCUGAGAAAGUAUGCAGCCUCCCCGACGCGUCAAUCUUACAGAUAUUCAGGUCUCUGAAGAAGUUACAGUGCUCCGAUUCCCUUGCUGUCCUUGCUUGGAUCACUUUUGGAGAUUCCGGCCCGGGAUGCAAACGGUGUCAUCUUAGGGGCGCUGAGCUGCUGGUCGCUCAACGCAUUUUGUUGCAGUACUUCUCUGCGGAAGCUUUUGUAAAUUCCUAUUGCAAGGGCCGUUUCUUAGGUGCUUCGUGGAAAGCUGAUGCCGAUGGUACAUCCCGGGCGCCUGUGGCUUCAUUCAGCCCUCCUUCCGGGCAAAGUGAUGCUCUGCAGAAGGAGGCAGUUGAUCUUUACGCCUCAAUUUUGGGUUAUGCAAAAACUGCUGCGGCUGAUGCAUUAGUUCUGGCGCUUUGUCGCUACAGCGCAGACCCUGGUGUCGGCUUGUGGCUUGAGCUGCUAAUGGAAGGACGCCUAAAAACAGCAGACCCCGAGUUGCUGCCUGCGCUUCUGGUGGAGCUGGCACGAUUGCAGAAAGAACGAGAGGCUGCAGAGGAAGCCGGUAACUCUACUACGUUUGAACCAUGGAAUUCUUCAGACGUCUACCCCGGCUCCCACUUUCCUCCAAUUCCUUCAUCAGAUCAGCUGUCGCAGUGUUUCUGUCAGGUUGCUUGCCUUCUUAUGGAAUCGCCUUUAGCUGAAGUGGCUGGAGAUGCUGAACACCAAUUGCCGUUGUCUGGGCAACCUGAGGAAGCGCAGAAAGUGGUCCUCUAUCGACGGCUUUCCGUGGCUGCAGCAGGUAGCGCAGCAAAAGCUGUGCGCUCUCACCCCCAACCUGAGAUCGCACGGCGGUAUGCUAGGAAGCUCUCUGAUAUGGUGUGCUUGAGGCUUGCAGAGGAUAGUUUUCCAGGAGAAGCUGUUGAUACUGCAGGUUCUUGCCGUGCCCACCACUUCCGACAGGAGGCAAAAUGUUUGGCGCGGCUGCUGCAGACUUUCGUGACUCUAGGGGCAAAUGUCCCAUCGGAGCUUCUACGCGAGCUUGCUCCUCGCCUGAAGUUCAUGGAAGGGAAAGAUAUCUUGUCAGUUCUGCGAUUAAUUUCCCAGCAACCCGCGGAAUGUGCCUUUCGCCAUCACCUUGCAUGCGCCGUCGAUUUACGCUUUCGGGACCUGAAGAGUUGGAGGCAACUGAAUGAGCUUCGUGAGCUCUGUGUUGCUCUGAAGCUGGCAGUGGAUGAUGACAUCGCUGAACAAGAGGCUGAUGUUUCUCGGUACCAGUCAGCAGAAGACCCUGAGGAGGAAUACAUACCAACUUUAGCUGAUGCCAUGUGCGAAUUGCAAGAGGACGCUUCAUGA